UGUAUGAUGUGCCUUUUGAGCUCGCAAUGCUAGCUUCAAUAGCCUUGCUGUCAUCACGACAUCGGAUAGACAGAGCCAGUGCGGGCAACAGUCGGCUAGCAGUUCAAGAUGUAGCACUCACAGUUGCAUCAUAAUGGAGUAUCGAGCCUACAUGAUGUAUCAAGAAUCGAGAGUGGAGCUGGUUGUAGCCAUGGCCCAUAGCGUGCGACAAAUCACUUUUUUUGAGCACAACGCAUUGCUAGACGUAUAGCUACAGCAACAGCUACAGACAAGGUAUAGACCGCAUCCAGCCAUGGCAAACCCAAGACAACGACACAAGCAACGCUCCUCCCGCAAGACCAACACCCGUCGUACCGCAGAUAAGUUGAAGAAAGUCAAUAUCCAGAGUAAUGCCAUCAUCUCACAACACUGGGACAAGACCAAGACACUGCGUCAAAACUAUGCCAAACUAGGACUCGUCACCAACCCAAAUGUCAACCCUGCUGCAGGUGGUACGGAAAAAUUGUAUCCUGUUGCAAAAAAGGAAGAGCCGAUGGAUGCGAAUGGCUUGAAGAAGGGCGAAGCAUUGAUUCAACGUGAUGCGCAAGGCAAUGUAACGGGUAUCGUUUAUGGCGACCCUCAAGAAGAAGCAGUGAUUCACAUGACGGCACAAGAGCGGGAAGACGAGCACGAGCGACAAAAAGUCAUUGCAGCGCUAGAACAACGCGCGCAUGAGCAAAAAGAACAAGUCCGUGUAUCGAGCGAUGGUGAACGUGCAUGGCUUGCAAAGAUUCAACAAAAGUAUGGAGAUGAUUAUGAAAAGGCAGCACGAGAUCGUCGUGUGAAUCCAAUGCAACAAACAGCCGUGGAGAUUCGCAAGCGUGCUGCAAGGUUGACUGUCAAGCGUGGUUGA